AUGCCAAACAAGUGUCAAAUAGUUCCCGAACUUGCUGCUGCUGUUCCUGGUGUAACUGAAGAAAUAUUACUUGGUGAUCAAAGUCCAUUAUUAGAAUUGAAUCGUAGUCGUUUACCAUCUUCAGUAUCAUUAACAAAUUCUUCGAAUGACUUCCAUGUUCCUAUAUCACGUUUAAAUUCACGAACAAUAUCUCAAGUUAAUGUACGAAAAGCAUUUACUUAUUUUGAUAAAAAUCGUGAUGGAAAAUUAAGUAUUAAAGAAUUUAAAUCUGUUAUGCAUGAUUUAGGUUAUAAAACUGUUGAUAAACAAUUAAUAAGACAAAUGUUUGCGGAAAUAAAUCGAAAUGGAAAUCAACAUGUAUUAACUUAUGAUGAAUUUGUUGAUUUUCUUGAAUCAAAAUUAUCAACAACAACAGUCGAUGAACAUUCAACAUCAACAGAAGAUUUUAAAAUAUUAUCAUUACCAAAAAUGGAAUUCGAUAUUGAAACAUUAUUUAAUUGUUAUGAUCUUGAUAAAAAUGGUUUUAUUGAACCAAAAGAAUUACGUAAAGUUAUGAAACGUUUAACAGGACAAAAAUUAUCUAAACAGGAUAUUGAAGAAAUGAUUAAUGUUGCUGACAGAAAUGGUGAUGGACUUUUAGAUAAGACAGAAUUUGCACUUUUAUGUCGUGGUUUCUGUUAA